UUAGAAGCAAUUCCAAGCUUAUCAACCAAAGACAAAGCCAUUUGACUAUAACUGUGUGCUCCACCCUGAUGUCAAGGCCUUGUCCCUCCACCCGAGGUCCUAAACCUCCUGUGGCACCAAAACCAAGGCUAGCCUCUGAGGUUAGCCAAAGCAUUGUGGGCAAUGGGGACAUUACAUCCUCUGACAGAUUGGAGCUGAACCAGGAUAACGAAUCAGAUGUCACACAGGAUGAAGCAGAUACAUCCAGAGAAAACUGUACAGAUGAUGACGUGGAAAACAACUUAUCUGACAAAGAGUUUAUUGUAAAUUAUGACACUAACCAUGACACAAGUUGCUAUAAUGAAAUAGAGGAAGAAUUACAAAUGGCUGUGGAUGAAACCGUGGGAGAGGAUGAAGGUAAAAUUCAUCAAGCCACUGAAGUACAGCAUGCAGUCUCUUCAGAUUUAUCGAAAGUGGUCUAUGAAAUUUUUGAUUCAGCAAAUGAGGACCUCAGCAAAAACUCUGAUGAUAUCAAGCCAGCUGAGAAUGGAGAAGAUGCGUAUAAUGUACUUGAGGACAUCUGUGAAUUUUCUGAGAAUGAGACACUAAAUAUAGAUCAGCCUGUAAGUGAAUCUCAAAGUCUGUAUGAGGAGUUUGAGGAACCACCAUCAGACAGUUUUUAUUGUGCCAGUAAUCAGCAUGAAGAGGACACUAAAGCAGAUGUAAAAUGCGUUCAUGAGGCACAAGAAGAUGAGACUAGACAUUCUUCAAAGGCUACAACCUGCAGUCAACCCUCACUAUGUGAGGAAUACCCUUAUGAUGUCAUUGGCACACUGGAUGACAACAGUACUUGGCAAGCUGAACGUGCUACGAAAGACCCAUCUGGACGUUUCAGGUUUGCAGAGGAGACAGAAGAUGCAUUUGAGCCCUACUCUGUCAUAGAGGUUGUGCCAAGUGAUUUGACAUGUACCUCUGAUCCAGAAGCAAGAUGCACUGAUGAUGAGUCCAGCAAUGAGAAACCAAUGGACUCUGAGAUCGCAACAGAGGGAACGUCAAACCAAGAGCCUUACUACGUAUCAUCAGAUGAUGUGGCAGAGUUAGAGAAGGAACAGGCAAAAUUAGAAAAUUAUGCCUCUCAUCCUGCUUCUGAGGGUCAAGAGAUGGCAAAAAAUGAAGAAGUGAAUGACUAUGCUGAUAUCAAAGACAACGAUGGUGAAGAUCAGCAGGUGGAGUGUGUGUCAUCUGAAGAUUACGUUGAGAUAGGAGAUGAAGAUGAGCCGAUAAACAUGGAGAGGAAAACCAAGGGCAAAAGUAUAAGAGAACGAUCAGUAAGAAGGGGUCAAGCUCUCUUAAGUCAGAGGAAUAGCUGUCAGCCACGUCUCAGACUUUGCAACAUCACUGUUCCUGCUGACUUGGAUAUAGGCAGAACUCCAGAACUUACAAACCGCGUGGUUUUUGCCCACACCACAGAAGCGUUUGAAGAGGAUAUUGAAGAGCUGGACUGUCAUAUUGUGCCUUUCUUUGAGGACUCAGACACAGAAAGUGAUGAACACAUUUACGAGGAGGCUGGCUUUGACUUCGAAGGUGAGAAUUUUAUCUCUCUGGACAGGAAGAGCAUUGUGACGAGAUCUCGCUCGCUCUCUGGGAAAGUACCUGGAUAUGUUCCUGAGACUGUGCCUGAAGAGACGGGCACUGAGUACCAGUCUCAUGACUACUACACUGUGGCCUUGGACCAGAAUGGAGUUCCACAGCCCAAGCUUUCAGAUGAAACAGAGGCAAACCAAAUUGUUCCCUCGUUGAAGCCAAGGCGCUUUCUUCUUUCUCCUCGGUUGCUUUCUGAUGAGGGCAGAGAUUUGCCAUUCUCAGGGCACUUUGAGGGUGAGAAAUCUCCUAGAGAGGACUGCAGAUUGCAAAAAAAAGAUGACACACUUUCUUUGCCCUGUGUGAUUACUUCCUCUGGAAGCUUUUCUCAAAGAAGUCACCAGUCCUCCAGUGGCGUGUCGACACCUACAUCUCUAGUUGAUAUCCCACCACCCUUUGAGUUAGCUUACAUAACUAAGAGGCCUGUGACCAAAAGCUCUCCAUCACUUCUAAUCCAACAUGAAUCUCCUGACAACCCCAAAAAGAAGAAGACUUCAUUUAAACGUUUCUUGGCCUUAACAUUUAAGAAAAAAUCGGAAAGCAAAGCCUGUGGAGAUGGUAGUGUCCGCUCCUCCAGGUCAUCGUCUGAAUCUAGUCACCAUGGGCCCAUUCGGGUGCUGGAGCUUGAUCGAAGGAGUACAAGUGGCUCCCCACAGCUUCAGUCCUGUGUGGGAAAUCCACAGCGUAACUCAGAAAUACCUACCACAUUUCUGCUUUAUAAAGAGAGGCAAAGAAGGCAAGGUGCACCUAAGAGUUAUAGCAACAGGGGUAUAGCCAGAGUGGAGUCUUUUGAGGACCGCUCUCGGCCCCCCUUCAUGCCCCUACCCCUCACUAAACCACGCUCCAUCUCCUUCCCAA